ACCAUUGAGUACUACCACAUUGUAAAUGCGAGACGAUUAGUACAUCCUUUAGUGUGCAAUUCAAAGAGCCCUGAAACUAAGAAAACAUUUGCUAAAACCGAUUGUAAGAAUGCAGUAAUAGUUGGUGGUACUGGCGCGAUUGGGCAGGCGACAGCUAACCUGCUAUUUUGUGCAAAGGUUGGAAAAAUCGCUUUAUUGGACACCGAUAUCUGUAAAGGAGAGAAAGCUGUUUCGGCUUUAAACUGCACUUUUGGAAAAAAUAAGGCCAUCUUUUUGAAAUGCAAUGUCACUGAUAAAAUGGAUAUUCAUGAUUCUCUUUUGAAAGCAAAAAGUGAACUUAAAUCAGUUGAUAUGGUAAUUAAUACUUUUGGAAUAUGGGAUGAAAAACAAUGGGAAUACGAAGUUAAUUUAAAUUUAAUGGGAACUCUUAACGUCAAUCAGCUAGCCGAGGAUGUCAUAACAAAACCCGGAAUGGUUCUAAAUGUGGUGGGUUUGUCUGGAACCGAACCCUUUAGUCCUUCACCGGUGUUGGCAGGGAGUUUUCAUGGUGUUAUAGGAUACACAAGGAGCAAAGGACACGAACAGAACUUUAUGCGUACAGGCAUAAGAGUCGUUGCUCUAUGUUCUGGAAUUACGGAGUCACCGUUUACGAAAGAUGUGAUUAAGAAGAUAUGCUGUCCACACAUGAGUAACGAUUUAAAGGCGUAUCUGGACGAGGCUUGCUGGCAAAAGCCAGAAGUUGUUGCUAAAGCAAUUGUAGAGGUAUAUAAGUGUGGUGACAGUGGCAGUGUAUGGAUUGUAGAAGGAUCUAGACUGUUUAGUCUGAAAAUACCCGAUCUGAAAGCUCAUCGUGUUUUGGAAAAUCAAUUUAUAUGAAUAUAUCCGGACAGUCCACUUAAGUAUUUUACCUAUACCUAUUAUAUAUUAAUUGGAAAUGUACCAUUAAAUACAUUUAGUUUCAUCUGUAGAAAAAGUUGAAAACCGAUCAGUAUUACUGUAAUAAAACUGACAUAAAU